AAUAACGCAGCCAUAACGUUUUAACACGUGGAAGAGUAUUCCUGACAGGGUUAGGACCCGAGCCCUGUGCUCUGUUCGUGUUUCCCUGUGAGCAUCUUUCAUCGUUAGGUGAAUUUUAUGUAUCUAGUGUGUUCACUGUGGCGGAGGAAUCGGAAGCGUAUUAUUUGAUUUGGGCAGGCGAGUUCGAAUCGAGUAUUCCCAUGCGGGUAAGUCACAGACUGAAGGAGUCACAUCUGCCUGCAGAGUUGGCUUGAAGGCUGACUCGGUGUGAGACGAGGGUCUGAUGGAGGUGUGUGGGGAACGGCUGCCCAGCAGACCGCCCCGUGCAGUCUUCCCUCGUGUCGUGUUUAAGCGUUUCGAUUCCUGUGCCGGCCACCGCGCGGAGACGGGCUUGAUCUGUCGCAGCUUGAAGGCCUAUGUUCCAUCUUCUCCUUUUCAGGAGAUGAACGGGGUGCUGAAAGGCAUGCUCUCGGAGUGGUUUUCCUCAGGGUUCCUGAACCUGGAACGCGUCACCUGGCAUUCCUCGUGUGAGGUGCUGCAGAGAGUCAGUGAGUCCGAGGCCGUGCACCCCGUCAAGAGCUGGAUGGACUUGAAGCGCCGCGUCGGGCCUUACCGGAGGUGCUACUUCUUCUCCCACUGCUCCACCCCGGGGGAGCCCCUGAUCGUCCUGCACGUGGCGCUGACCGGCGACAUCACCAGCAACAUCCAGGUACCUGCAGGCAACACAGGCAUCCCGCGACGCCCCUUAAGCUGGUGCAGCCUGGGAGUGGAGGUCGUGUUGGAUGGUCCCUUCCGUGGCGAGCUGACCGCCUCCUGUGGGGCGGAUAGUGAAGGAUGCCUCGGUGCCGAUGAGCGAGGAGAAACAGGAAUCGCGGUCCGGCAUCUUUUAUGUCCAUCACUGGCCAGCAGACUGCAGGGGGUGGAGCUGUUGGAACGUCCUGUGAAGCGAGUCAUCAAGGAGCUAGCAGUGGAGAGCUGUCCCGUGUGGGUGACACGCCUGCUGAACUUGUGUGUUUUCUCCGCCCCCCUCCCGCCACCCCAUGCUUUACAGAAAGACUUUCCUCACCUGGGGACGUUCUCGAGUCUGUCGCCUAUACCUGGGUUCACCAAAUGGCUUCUGGGGCUUCUGAACUCUCAGACGAGAGAGCUGGGGAGGAGCGAGCUCCUCACAGACUCGGAAUGCCGCGAGCUCUCCGAGCUCACCGGGGGCCCCGCCAGCGAGACGCUCAAGGCCCUUCUCGGCAGCAGCGAGUGGGCCAAGUCCGAGAAGCUGGUCCGGGCGCUGCAGGCCCCGCUCAUGCGGCUCUGCGCCUGGUACCUGUACGGGGAGAAGCACCGAGGCUACGCCCUGAACCCCGUGGCCAACUUCCACCUGCAGAACGGGGCGGUGAUGUGGCGCAUCAACUGGAUGGCGGACACCAGCCCGAAAGGCCUGAGCGGCUCGUGCGGCCUGAUGGUCAACUACCGCUACUACCUGGACGAGACGGGCCCCAACAGCACCGCCUACCUCGGCUCCAAGAGCAUCAAGGCCUCCGAGCAGGUCCUCAGCCUGGUGGCCCAGUUCCAGAAGAACAGCAAGCUGUAGGAGGAGGCCUCCCCCGACGCCCGCGCCCCGGCCCAGGGCUCGGGAAGGAGACCUUGCAGGGCGGGGCGGGGGCGUGCAUCAGAACGGGCUCUCUGAGUGAAGCCAGAGUUGACCCGCGGCCUCUGGCUGCUGCCCUGGGGAAGACGCACGGCCCGGCGCAGGUGCACGCGGACCGGGCGGGGUCGCUGUGCUCUCUGCGGAGAUUCUGCUGUGGCCCUCGGCCCGGCCCCCUGCCCGGGGCUGGCGCUGGGGCACCUGCGUGUUCAGGACGCUCCACGGUCGUCCCCCCAGGGCAGGUCUGUCAGCCUCCCGAGGACCAGGGCGAGCGGUCCAGAGGAGAACGGAUUUGACUUCGAGCUUCUAGAAUGUAAUUUGGCAGCGAUUGCUUUGGCCAUUUUUUCUCCAUGCCACACAAAAAGGGAUAUAGGGCUGUGCUGUGUUUUCCCAGUUAAAUUUUACACUUUGAAGCUCAUAAACACAUGAAAGGGCUUGCGACUUUGCACAGAGGUAUCGGGUUUAAUCACUGAACACAGAAGCUGUUGCUGCUUGAGGCCUGCGUUGGAUUAUGGACUCUAAAAUUGUAGGGAUUCGAGUUCACAGUGAACUGGAUAGUAAAGAACAAGUUUGUUCUGUAAAGCAUUAAACGCGAUUAUUUCA